GCCAACUAGAGAGGACGUGAUUCGUUUGAAGGAAGGUAUUCUUACUCUGUGCGACCAACUGGGCUUGGAUGUCACACCCUAGUUCGGGGUUAGGGUUAGGUCUUAAUAUGAUGACACGUACCACUUUGCAACUAAACUAAUUACAUUCAAACUUGUUUCAUCAACAACACCACCACCUUCACCUUGUGUGCCCGCACAAUGUCGGUCCUUCGGCUUGGACUAUGUGUUCUGGGAGUCUACUCCAUGUUCCUACUAUGGGCUGUGGCACAGGAACGACUAUCAGUUCCGUUUCAACACAUAGACGGACAAUCAACAGACAAGUUCAAGUCGGCACUCUUCCUUGGGACUUGUCAAAGCUUCCUGAGCUCGCUGUCUGCCCUCGCAUACAUACUCAUCCGUGGAAAAUCAGGGUCAUCACUAUCAUCUCUACUGGGCCUGGACCUUGCCUCCAUGGUGCAAACGAACAAUUCAUCCCAUUCCAAAACAAAUGGAUCUUCGAGCACUAAAGUCAACGGCCAUUCCCAUUCCUCAAGCGCGCAUUUACACACUUAUUCAUCCACAUCCAAAGCUCUCCUCUUGCGCUACCUUCAAGUAUCGGCUUUCAUCACGCUAGCCGCUCCAUUUGGCUUCGCAGCCCUCUCGUACAUAACGUAUCCUACAAUGGUCUUGGGGAAGUCUUGCAAACUCGUCCCAGUGAUGCUCAUGAAUUUCGUCAUGUACAGGAGGCGCUUUGCUCCACACAAGUAUAUCGUAGUCGCGAUGGUCACAGCCGGAAUCAGUGUCUUCAUGGGCUUUGGGAAUGAAAAGCCAUCAAAAGCCUCAUCCAAUGGAGAGCAGGGGUCUCAUAGCCAGCUGAUCGGCAUUCUCUACCUUUUUAUCAACCUCAUUCUCGAUGGCGCGGUGAACUCGACGCAAGACGAGAUGUUCGCUCGGUACAAGGUGACCGGACAACAGAUGAUGUUCUGGAUCAAUAUAUUCUGCACGCUAUUGACUACGGCGCUUGGGACGCUUCCCUUGCCGCACAUCCCUGUGCUUCACCCCUCGAGCGGUUUGCAAUCAGAAUUUGCAAAUGCAAUUGGGUUUAUAAGGACGCAUCCUUCUGCUAUCAUACCUCUAGUCCAGUUUUCCUUGACUGGCGCUCUUGGGCAGCUGUUCAUCUUCGAGACGUUACAGCAUUUUGGAUCAUUGACUUUAGUAAUGAUUACGUUGACAAGAAAGAUGUUCACCAUGAUUCUCUCUGUAGUAGUUUAUGACCACAGACUCACCCUCGGGCAGUGGGCAGGCGCGGCCAUUGUGUUUUGGGGCAUCUCAGUUGAGGCGUGGGUAAAACGCAAAGAGGUCCACGCAAAGCGUGUUCUACAGGAGAAAGAGAAGGCAAAGAUCAAGUCACUAUAGAUCAUACCCAGUUGACAACUGGGUCAUAUCGGACCCCAACAGAACUUAUACCAUUUAUCAUGACAGGAUACGAAAUACUUCUAAAAUGAGUAUACAAUAGUGGUAGACUAAACAGAAU